AUGUCAUGUUUAAAAGAUACUCAGCCUGAUUGUAGGUGUCAAUAUACAUUAACAUUGACAGAUGAAAUAGUUCAUGAACAGUUUUCUGAAAUGAAAGACAGUUUCAAUCAUGUGCCCAGUAUACAUGAGGUGGAUGAAGAAGAAACGGAUGAAGAAAAUGCUUGUGAUUUAGAAUUAAAAACUCCAAAAGAUAUUGAACUAGCUGCAGAUCAAUUAAAAGAUACUGCAGAUACUAUAGAUGAAGAUUCUAUUUAUAGUAAUGAUUCAUUUUGUUCUGAUGAAUCUUGUGAUGAAUCUGAAGAAACUAAUGGUACAUUAAGAUCACUUAAUGAUUCUCAUUUUUCUCCUCAUCCUCAAAUCAGUACGCGCAAAUUUAGUCACGAGGAAAUUAAAAACGAACAGGAAAAAUCUGAAAAUAUAACGCAAAAUGAAAUUAUAAAUUCUAUUGGUAGAAGUUCAAUAUCUGAAGAUAAUUCCAUAGGAAUCAAACAAGUAAAAAAUAGAAGAAAAAAUAUGAGUUUUACAGAUGAAGAAAUACGAAAAAUCGAAUGGGAGAAUCAAAUUCUGUUAAGAAAGAUAAUGGCACAACAGAAACCAAAAGAAAAAGUAUUUUAUGAAAAUAUCCCACCAUCACGAAUAAGUAGCUCUGCAAUAAAUAGAAAGAAAUUACAAAAGAAAAUAGAAAAUGAAAAUAUAUUAUUGCUCCAAAGGAUACAACAAACUAAAUCACGAGUUAUGAAUAAUAUGACAAAACCUGGUUGUAGACAAACGAUCUUAUAAUCUGUAACACAUAAUUAUAAUUUUAUGCAUUUUAUAUUGAUAGAAAGUUUAUAAUAAAUUAUGUUAUAUAUUAAAUAUCUGUAAUGCAAAUAUCAUAAUUGUGAUUUUUUUAACACACGAUAUAAAAUUGCAAGUAGUCAUUGUUUGUUAUUGUAAAAAAAAUAUAUAAAAUUUCAUAAAUGUAUAUUACACUAUUUUUAUAAUAAAAUUAAUUUUAUUAAA